UCUACUGUGCACAGCUGUUUCGCUGAGAAUGGCAACUGGGACCAGCUGAUUGUUGUUACGUUGUUUUGCUGCACAGGCUGCUAAAGAAAUAAGAUUUACUUCAAACUAAACCAAUGCCACGAUGAAUAGCCUCCUGCGACAAGGACUCCGCCUGGGCUGCUGCCUUCCGGCUGUCCAGCAGCAAAUCCACACCACCGCCGUGCACAGGACAUUCUGGGAGCGCGAGAAGAAGUCCGGCUACAAGACCAAGCUGCCGGAACCCUCGAAAAAGCAGAUGAUCAUGGACGGAUUGAGGGACCUCAAGGAGGAGAUGAAGCUGUGGCGCCAGGAGGUCAAGGAGAAGUUCGAAAGUGAUCCCAUCCUGGUCUUCCGGCCGGGUGAAACGGAUGUGGUGUUCGAUUUCAAGGCACCGGAUGUGCUGGACAAGUGGACGGUGACCACGGAUGCGGAUCACGGCGAGGGUAAGAGUACUGCCACCCUGGAACUGAGUGCAGCCGGCGCAGGACUCUUCCAUGGUGAAGUCAACUCGAAUCACACCAAGGAUGGCAUUAUCAAAAGGACGGGAUACGCGAACAUACGCACGAAGAGAGUGCGGAAAUCCUUCAAGCGCGAGUCCACCUAUGACUGGACGCAGUACAACAUGUUAAUCAUGAAGGUGCGAGGUGAUGGACGCAGCUACCUGAUCAACCUGCACACCGAGGGCUACUUCGACCUGAUGUGGAACGACAUCUACCACUAUGUUCUGUACACGCGUGGAGGUCCCCACUGGCAGAUAGCGAAGAUUCCCUUCUCUAAGUUCUUCCUCUCCUCCAAGGGACGUGUCCAGGAUCGCCAGGGCGCCAUACCGCUGAACAGGGUCACCCACUUCGGAUUCUCCGUUGCCGCGAAGAAGGGAAUGGAUGGUCCGUUUGGCCUGGAAAUAGACUAUGUGGGUCUGGAGUUCGAUCCCAGUCAUCGCGAGGAAUUCGCCUACGAAAUGUACCAGACUCCCAAAUACAUCGUGGCCACGUAACGUAAUCGGCUAACGUUACGUUUGUGUUAUUUAAUUAUAGAAACGUGCGAGGAGCAGUAAAGAUUGGUUAACAGAAACAAA